UGGGUGCCGUCUCUCACUGCGCCGCCCCGCCCGAGCGCUCGACCUGUAGAGCGCGGUAAGACAUCCCUACCUCCACAUACACACACCUAGUGAGAAGUUCACACGAGAAAAGCUUUUGUAGGACGUCAUAGAACACUCCAUCAAAAGAGGCCGGAUUUCCCCUUUCUUUCAUUUUGGACCCAGUGUGACAGGAACUCUAGAACUCUGACGGCAGCUACGCUUCUCAAUUCCUCACGGCGCCACACACACAGGUCCACGCUCGCCUGCCCAAAAGCAAAAACCAGAAGAAAAAACUCAAAUAGGCACAUCCUCCGGAGAAUGCCAUGAAGGAGCACACUCAAGGCAACCGCUUGAUCACCGGCUCAAAUUGCUACUUCGACUAUGAGACCCUGGAUGAACACAAACACACGGGGCAGCCGCUGCAGAGGCCCCCGCCGCCACUGGAGCCCAUGGCGCCACGAAUGCCUCAGACGGCCGGGGCCCUAGAGCCGAAAACGCCCACGAAAAAGAAGAAAAAGAAGAAGAAAGGCAAGUCUGCCGCCGACGCCACGGGCGGCACUGUGCCGGCAGUCACAGGUGCGCAGUUUUCGGUCAACGACGUGUCUUUGGCAGAUCCCGACGCAGACUACCCGGAAUCGCGGCUCAUCAAAGUGGGCCCGAACGGAGACCUCAUAGUGGAAAGCCUAGACGACGAAUUCCCGCGGCAGCCAGACGAGGGGUUUGCGAAGAGAAUGGUGCCGCCGGUGCUGUCGAUCCCACGGAAAUUGGCGCACAAGAUCCUCGCCUUUGACGGCGAUCAGCAGCAGUUCUGGGAUGAGUUGUCCGUAGAAGCACAAAAGCAAAUGUUUACCAUCGACGCUACAGCGAUCACUGAGAGUGUGCGCCAGCAACAGAAGGACCUCGCUUCCCGAAACAUACAGGCCGACGGAGCACCUAGCCAUGAGCACCUGUGGACACAUAACUCCCACUCCAAGUGCUAUUGCUCGCGAUGCGAGCGGAACGACUUGCAUAUCCUCAACAUCAUUGACGAAGGGUUUGACACGUACAUGGAGGAGCUCAUCGAAGGCUUGUGGGAACAGUUCGAACUACAGUACCACGACCUAAAGCCAGGGACCAAGUUCAUUGACGUCACAUCUGCUGAGAAUGUUCUCCAUGACAAAUACAUCGAGGCGCAAAAUAUUCAGCGAUUUGCUGAGAUCAAGCAAAUUGAAACUGCUGGGGCCAAUGCAGGGGAGAUGUUGUCCACUGUGCGGAACUUGGAGCUCUUCUACUAUAUUGAGAACAUCAUCAUUCCGAUGAUCCAACGCGAGUUUACAGCCCAAGCACUCACGACGCGGCUAUCUGCUGAGGACAGGAGAGCUCAGUUCGAUACCCUCAGCUGUGUUCACCAGAUUCUACGCUUAAUUCAGAGCCGAAAUGAUAGAAAUCGCUUGCUAAGGGAGACCCAGGGAGAAGGUGUGCGCCCGCUAAGCCCCAAGGAAUUCCGCAGAAUGGCUGUGGCUGAUAAUCUUAUUGACUGCCUCUAUACGUUCCUGAAAGAAGGACUGCCGGGGAUUUCAAAAGCUAUGGAGUUCGUGAAGAUCUUGUCCAGUGUCGGUCGUGCGGGAAGCCUCCAGUUUCCAGAUGUCACUGAACAAAUGUCUCAAUUCGCUGACAUGUUCGAAAGUGACGACAAGGCAUUUAUCGAUUUGGUUGCCAAAUGGAAAGCUUCAGAGUCAGACGAACACUUGGAACACGCAACUGAAGGUGAAGACGAAGGGGAAGAAGAAGAAAAUGCCGAAGAAGAGCACUACGCUCUCAAAAAUCCCUUCAGUCACUGCAAAUGUGAUUUUCAUAACCAAUUGUCUCACCAAUUCACAUCUGCACGAGCCAAAGCUUUAGCAGGAAAGCAUGAACUGAAUUAUAAUCCGGAAUUUGAAGAGCACAAUGAUGUGGACGAAGAAUUUGACGACGAUCAUGAGUGUGAACAUGAUCACCAUGAUAGCGAUAAUGAAGAAGAUGACAUUGAUGAUUCCAUCGAAGAUCCGGGUACUGAUGAGGAAGAAGCCGAAGAAAGGCGAUUUAAGGAAUUGCGCGGGUUCUUUUUCAUGGAAGCACGCAAGAUCAUUGUGAGAAGAUUCCAGGAAUCAUACAAAAAGAGAGUAUCCGACGACCGCACCAAAAAAUUCAUUGAAGAGCUCGAAGCAGAGGAAAAUGCGAAGAAAGAAAAAGAACUCAAGAAGUUGAAACAAAAGGAAAAGCAGAAGGAAAAGAAACGUCUUCAACAACUUGAAAAGGAAGAGAAACGCAAACAGAAAGAAGCAGAGGAACAAGAGAAGGCUGCUCUCCUCAAGAAAAAGCAGGAGGAAUUGCGCGCUGAGCAAAAACGUCGUGAAGAAGAAUUGAGGCUAAAGAAAGAGAAGGAAAAAUUGAAAAAGAUCGAAGCCCUCAGACAAAAAGACCCUCCAUCAGAAACCAAGAAUACGACUGACACAGAAGCUCAAAGCAACUCACCAGCUAGAGAUCAUGCGAGUGACAGCUCAUCAGUUGUGCUUGAAACGAAGAAAGCCCCGGGAAAGGAAAAGAAGAAUAAAGUUACUCCAGAGUUGAAAACAUCCACUUUCCCCCUGGAAGACUUACGCCAUCCUCUAGACACCUCUACAUCUUCUAGAGAGUCACCAGUUCCCUCGAUUCCACAGCCUAUAUCUUUGAAGGAGCCACUGAGGCAAAAUUCUGGGAUAGAUCCUCAACAACUGCUUUUAGGGAGCGAUAAAGCUAAAAAACAACCGAAAGAGGAGGAUAAAGUUUCGUUUAUACCUCCCAAGAAUCACUUACUUGAGCAAUUAUACCACGCUCGCCCAAGGACUGUCUCCACGACGUCCGGCGACUCCAUUGAUUUUCUCAAUGAGCCUGGCACAGCCUCUAGGAUGGGUACGAGCUACUCACCAUCGAAAAAGUCAGUAUUGGCUUAUCAGCCAGACACAUGGAUUGCUGGUAACACCAACCUCUUUCCAUCAGAUGCUAUAGUCCCCCCAAGUUUGGAAAGACCCCAAUUUUUCGGCAACUCAAAUGGUGCUUCUAAUACGUGGACUGCCAGAAACCCACAAGAUGCAUUCAGUGUGCCCCUGCUUGCCUCUCCUUUGAUGUCAGGUUUGCCAUUAUCCUCUUUGUGGAAUCAGAAGUACCCGAGAGGUAAUUCAAUCUGGGGAGCCAGCAGUCUGGUCAAUGCAGAAGCACAAACACAAAGUCUUUGGGGUUCGCAAACUUCACAGACCGACAUACCAAAAUCCAGCGCCUCGUCGAAUUUCAACAAAGAGCUGGUGCAGUCUGCCGCUUUCAAAGCUGUCCAAGAAGUUCACAGUUCGGCAGCAACGAAUAGUGGAUCAUCACCUGCGAUGAGGAUAUUUCAGACAGUAAAAACAAUUAUGAAUGACUCUUCUAUAAAAAUGUCCGAGUUUCUUCUGGCUCUACACUCGAGCACGAAGUACCAGUUUGAAAUUGUUUAUGAUGACUUCGGUAGCGUGACCGACAUUCAUGCUAGUAUUCAGCCCGAGCGCAUAUUUGGAGCAUCUUCAGUGGUGAAUAGAUCGCCGUCACCUCAGCAGACUCAUAUUCCUCCUUUGUUUCACUCUCAGCCAACUUUCAAUCAACGUGAACAUGGCGUCAAGUUUGCCGGGUUUGUGCCUAGUCCGCUACCGGUGAGUCAACCUAUGAGUCAGCCAUCUUUUCAACCGGGUUUGAACCCAGACCCGUUUCCACCUUCCACAGGGCCCUUUCAACCAUCGCUUGCGAUGAACCCACCAUUUUUGCCAAACACCCGCGCCCCCAACCUGCAGAUUCUGGCCCCGGAAUCCUCCAGGCUUCAGCAGGGCUCUUUACACGGAUCUAGCGAAAAUGUAAGUCAAUUUGACUCCAGCAUUUCGGGAACUAUGCAAGGUUCUUUGAGUCAGCUUGGGAUUGCCCAGAUGCGAAACGGAAUUUGGUGAUGCUCAAUCUUGAUGACUUUCAAUCUUAAUGACUUCAGGCGCUGUUUGAUAGGAGAACUGUGCUAAUAGAUAUACUACGUCUGCUCUUGUGAAUCUCUAAAUUAUACGCUAUUAAUUUAAUGCCAGAAUCUCCAGCUUCGUUGAUUUGUUUUAGAUUCUGAGCCACAGGUCGCGAAUCUGGCCCUGUGCCGCGCGUCCUGAAGUCAGGUGACGACCCGGCCCGCGACCCUCAGCCGCGCAGCAGCUUGUAGACUGGGAAAUGGAGCGAGACUUACACAGAGUUCAAGUUCUACGAAAAUAAUCAGCUGAAAAGUUGAAAGAGUUGGUAUUACGCUUUUCAAGGGAAUCUUUUUCCCACUUUCACAUUCUGCCUUCAUACGGAUCAUUGUUGUCAUUGUCCUGGGGACUUAUUACUUGCAAACCAAGCAAAAGAAAAGCCUCUGUUUCGUACUUUGAAAGCUUUUCUACGUGUUUUCAUU